AUGCCUCUUCGAGAGAGAGUCAAAGGUUUGAUGCGCCAUGUGCCCCAUCCUGUCGCCGUCAUCACCUCGACCGACACAUCCGUCAAUGCGAACGGCGAUCCUUCCGCGUGGCGGGGUGCGACGGUAUCUUCAUUCAACACUGUGACACUAGAUCCCACACCAAUUGUUUCUUUCAACAUCAAGCAGCUCUCUUCGACAUACGAGGCCAUCAGGGCGUCGGGCCUUUUCAACGUUCACCUGUUCCUCUGCGACCACAUGGGACAGAAAAUCGCGGAGAAAUUUGCGCGCGGCAACGCGUUUUCACCUUUUCACCGAAAAGAUGGAAGUCUGGCUUCGUUUGCGCGGUGGCGGUCGGAUGCAGCGCCGGCAUUGCGGCCCAAUUCACCCCCGAUCAUCCAGUAUUUCCCCAAGUUCCAGAUACGGUGCCGGCACCUGCCGGACAAGGCAGUGGAGAUUGGAGACCACAUGGUACUUUUUGGCGAAGUUGAGCAUGUGUACGAUAGAUUGGAGGGCGUGGGGGACUCGGAUGUCUGUUUGUACUACGUGAAUGGCCGCUAUGCCCAGGGCCCUCUUGGAUUUACCCACCGGUGA